UGUCGGUGUAACACAACAGUUGAGAUUUCAGUAUUUUCGCAGUUUUCGUGGCUGUCGGUUCGUUAAGUAACAGCACUUGCGUGUUGAUCAAAUACUUUUCUAUGCGGAUCCUUUAAAAAAAAAAAAAUGUCAAUACUUUGGUUGCAAAUAAAUUAAAAUUUUCAAAAUUGAAAUCAAUCCCCUUGCUCGGGCCAACAUAGAAUAAUGUCUAUGUAACGCAGAAUAAUCAUACACAAUAUUAUUAUGGCAAUGCUUCCACCCAGAAAAACGAAGAGCAUAUCCUCUGAGAGUAUUUCUAAACAGACGACGACUCCUCUUCAGAUUCUUUUGCAAAUGGGCUUUCCUCCUAACCGAGCAGAAAAAGCGUUGGCCGCCACUGGAAAUCGAGGAGUACAAUUAGCCGCAGACUGGCUCUUGGCACACGUCAAUGAUACAACGUUAGACUCUAGUAGUUUCAGAGAGUAUAUUCUGUAUGCUUGUCCAAGUGGAUCUUUUAUGGAAGAACUCGAAACGUUUUGGAAUAAAUCGGCUAGCAUUUGCGGUCGAAACGGGGCUCAUAACUUUUUACCACACAUCACAUUGGUUUCGUUUUUUCAAGUGCCUGAUGAAUUUGCCGAUGUGUUAGUGACUUUAUUGAAGAAUGUUAUAGAUAAACUGAUACAGGAAAUGACAACCAAUAGUUUUCAUUUGGAAUCGUAUGCAUCUUCCAAUUUUAUGGGAUUCUUUCUCGGCGACCAAGGCUCGAGCAUAUUAAAAAAAAUAGCCAUAUUGUUCGCUGAACGUGUGACAGAACUUGUCAAAGUACAAGUAGAUCCCCAUAUCAAGUCUUUGCAUCUUACCCUAGCUUACCAAUUUGAUAUCAACCAAAAAGAUACAUUAAAAUCACUUAUCAAAUCUACAAUCGACACUUCUGUUCCGUGUUUGUGGGAAGUGAAAUUAUAUUCCCGAGAAUCGAGAGCAGUUAAUAAACAGGUGUACAAGGUUAUAUUUGCACAUAUUCCUCAAGUUACAGAUGAAUUGGAAUUAAGAAUCGGGGACUACAUUUAUGUUUCAAAAGAAUCUGUUGAAAACUCUGUUGACGGAUGGGCAGAAGGAACCUCUUGGUUAACCGGUUGUACUGGUUUUUUUCCUCUGUGCUACACUGAACGAACGGCCGAAUCUGACACUUGGACAUUGCACUGCUCACUUCCUUUGGACAAUAGUUAUCAUCAAACUACAAAUAUCUCCAACGUCUGUGUGACUGAUGGAAAAGUAGUCGACAAACACAGUGCUGGCCAUGACUCGGUCGAUUUUAUCUUGCAUUUAGAUUCGUCUAAAGGUCCCAAGCCUCGUAAAAUAUAUAUUUGUCGUCACGGUGAGCGAGUGGAUUUUACUUUUGGAACAUGGGUGCCGUAUAGUUUUGAUUCUGAUGGGAAAUACGUUAGAAAAGAUUUAAACAUGCCUCCUAAUGUUCCUCAACGACGAGAUUUUCCAAAUUCUUUUCAAACUGACUGUCCUCUUACUUGUGUUGGUGAACAUCAAGCCAAACUCACAGGGUGGGGUAUGAAAGCGGCUCAUUUGACUAAAGCUAUUAAGCACGUCUACUGUUCGCCGUCGUUACGUUGUGUUCAAACAUGUCAUAAUAUUCUUGCUGGUUUAGAUAUUGAAAAACACGUGAUGAUUUGUGUGGAACCUGGUUUAUUUGAAUGGUUGGGCUGGUAUAAUCGGUCCGGACUUCCCGAUUGGAUGACCAAUGAAGAACUUAUAGCAGCUGGUUACAAUAUCAACUCAAAGUAUUCACCCUUAGUACCACUGCCUUUGCUAUUAGAAAAUGUGUCGGAAACUGUCGAACAAUAUUACAUGAGAUGCGAUGAAGUCGUACAAGCAUUUAUAAAAUCUACUGAAAAUAAAGGAGGUGAUAUGUUAUUAGUUGCUCACGCUUGUUCUUUGGAUUCACUAUCAAGACCGCUACUUCACAAAGCGCCACGUUCUAAGCAAAACUUCAUAAAAAUGGUUAAACACAUUCCGUAUUGUGGGUUAGUUGCUUUGACGACAGACGGUAUUAACAACUGGUCAUUUGUAGAACCUCCUGUACCUCCGUUAACCAAUUCUAUUAAUAAAAGAUUUAAUUGGAAUAUUUUAAGUACAGAUUUUGAUGAAUCUCCUAGUUAAAUUGCCAUCACUGCAAAUAGAUGAAAAUCUGACAUAUCAUUCGAGUAGUUACUAAAUGUUCAUUAGCUUAUCAUUGUUAUUUGUUUUUUUUUAUAUAUUUAUGUAUAUAUAGUUUAGACAUUAGAGUAUAAUUAUUUAAUUAUGUACGGGUUAUACUCACUCACUAACAACCCUCUCCAGAUAGUGAAUCCUUUAAUAAACCUCCCUAGGAGGGGCCAGCAAUGGCCCAACAUGGACUGCCGAAGCUGUUUCCAAACUUGUUUUACUUAGUUUAAAAUGUAGUAUUAAUUAUUUUGACUUAGAUUGAUUAUUUAUUAUUGUUAAAGGCAAUUAUAUGCAAACCGGAUAAACCAGUUUUGUUGUUAUUAGAAGAUUUGUUUUAACACUAGUAUAUAUUUUGUAAAUAUUGAAUGUAGAUAAUAGAAAGUAUAUUUUACUAUUUAAUGAGCCUAAACUUGUAAAAUAAUAUAAUGAUUUAUACUGUUAGUUAAUUUUAUGUGAACUUUUGUAUUCAACGUUGUAUUAAAAUGUUGAUACUAUACAACACUAAAGUAUGCAUCAAUUUUGUUUUUUGUGUCCGUGAUAAUAUUGUUAGUUUUAUUAUUCAAGUUUAAUAACAUGUUUAAUAUUAUUUUUUAUUUAUUACUAUUUUAUAUUUUCCAAACUUUUAUAAAUACUUAAUAGAUGGGAAAUUAUUUUAAUAAUUACAUAUUGCCACCAACACUAUUUAUGUCGUAUAAAAAAUUAAUCUCGCUUACACCACCCGACUGAUAUAACGACUGUUGACGUUAUAAAUAAUCAUUGUGAUAUUCGAUAGUUCUUAACUUAUUUGUAAUAUAAAUUAAUUAUUUAUUCGGAAACAUUUUCUAUGAAACUUUUUAUAAUCCUAUUGACAUUAAACAUGUACGACAUGCAUUCAAUAUUUAAAAAAAAAAAUUAAUAUUAAUUACUAGUUAACUUGCCAAGUAUUAUAACAAAAUAAUAUUAUGUAUUCAACGUUCCUAUAGAUAAUGAUCAUUAUUGUAUAAUAUUGUAAUUACAUUUCAAACGAGGCCUU